AUGCAUUUGGUCCCAUCCCUGCUGUUUAGAGACGAUGAAAUCGAACACCUCAAAGUGUUUAACUUCGACCCAGGGGCAGCUGUCCAUCAGAGGACAGCAGAGGAUGUGAAAGCGGAUGAAGACGUCACCAAACUCUGCAUUCACAAGAGGAAGCUUCUGGCUGUGGCUACGCUGCACAGGAGCAUGGAGACGCACCCACCUCUGACACUGACCAGUCCAGGGGGAGGUACAUCAUCAGUGGUCUCUGCGCAUUCAACGUCUCAACGAGUAAUAAGGACUAAACCCCAUGAUGGUCUGCCAAAUGCUGUUGGACAAGACUGCAAGAAUCCUUUCAAGAUGAUGAUGGCAGCUGGACAGCAGCAGCAGCAUAGGCUGUACCUACCCCAGGAGGUGGGUGGAGCCCAGCAGCCUGACCUCUACACUGGGUACCCCAGGCAGCAGAGGCUGGGCGGUGGGGAGCCAGGCCCCAAAUCCCCAUACCGGGUUGGGUAUGGAGGCAUGCUGAGCCCACCUCCCUCCAGUGCUAAGCUGUAUGGAGAUGGUGCUCAGUCUCCCAGUGCAGACACUCUAGGCAGUCCUGAUGGCUUUCCAAGGACAAAUCCUUGUGGGUUUCCAGGAGCAGGCAGUCCUGGUUCAGCAUCUAUCCAUGGUAACACUAGGACUCCUCUUUCCCCACCCAAUGUUUUGCUCCAUGGCUCCCCUGCAGGCCAGCCAUCCUGCGCCAUGACAGGGAGGACUAGCACGCCCCUCUCUCCGACAGCCACUGCCAAAAGCCCUGUCAUGAACAUGAACAUGCCUCGGGGGAACUUCCCCCCUGGUAUGGAUAUGCCCCGUGCAACGUUUCACCAUAAAACACAGCCCCCUAUGCAUCCUGUACCCCCUCCAUCCAUACCACCAUCCUGUGCCCUUCAGAAAAGGCAGUUGACCUCUGAAAAAGACCCCUUAGGCAUCCUGGAUCCCAUUCCCAGCAAACAUGUCAGCCAGCCCUCCAACAAUGCCCAAAACCCCUCAAACUUCCAGCCUAACAUCCACUCUCAGGUACCAAUGAUGAAUGUAAACAUCCCCCCUCCCACCAUUGUUCCCUUGCCAAGCAACUUACCUUUGCCCACAGCGAAGCCUGGGCCUGUGGGACAUGGCGGCCAUGUUCAAAGGACUCAACAGGGGGGUCCCACAUCCUCCAUGUCCCCAUCCCCUGUCACCUCUCCUGUCCACAUGG